GUGCAGCUCUCCGACGAGACCUGCGACGCCUGGCAGGCGCAGGUGGGGGGCCUCACGGGGGCGCUGCUGUCUCACGCAGAGCUCGAGGCGUCGCUGCCAGACGGUGCCGCGGAUCGCCUGGGCCUCCUCAGGCCCCUGCUGGAGGAGCCCUGCCUGGCUUCUGCGGCCGCGGGGCCGUGGCAGCAGGAGCCCCCGGGCGCGCCGCAGCCGCCGGCGGCAGCGCAGGUGAGUGCCGCAGGGGCGGGGUCGCUGUGCGACCAGCAGCCCGCCGAGGCCGCCGAGGCGGGAGCAGGACCGCCCGCCUUCGGCCACGGCGCGCUCCAGCCCUGCGCUGCAGGUGCACCUCUGGGAGAAGCACGCGGUGCUGCGGGGGAGCUGGUGCAACUCUUGAGCGGGCAGCCUUCGGACACCAAGACCGCUGCUUCGGCAGGCUCUGAGGACGCAGUCCGCUUCGACCACCAGACCGCAGAUGUAAAGCGAAUCUUGCAUCACUACAUCGGGGAGAGCAGCGGCGAGGCAGGAGCGUACGCAACGCUGGCGGAUCUCAUACCAACGGACGUCGUGCCGCGGGACGCGGCGGCCCGCAUGUUCCUGGCGGUGCUGACGCUGGCGACGGCCGGGGACCUCUCCGUCGCCCAGUCCCGCCCCUACGGGCCGAUCGAGCUCGCCCUGCAUUGA